CUUCAGUUAGUGGCGUGCUGCCGGCGCGACUUGUUUUUACUCUCUAUAAUUUAUUUGAUUUUCGAACUUUUUUUUUGAAGUGCCCUAGAAUGAAAGUGCUCUUAGUCGCCCUAUGGCUAAUAGCCGGUGUUUGGUCGCAGGCGGAAGAAGAAGCCCAGUUGGGAUGCAUUUGGUACGGGCAGAGCCAUCUGAUAGGUGCCCAUUGGCAGAAUCUGGCGGAUACGCGACCAGCCAGACCGCUGAACAGCCCAACCUCGGAGGCGAUCUUUGCCAAGCGCUGUCCUACUCUCUACAAGGAGUACAAGGGUGAAAGUGGUGAAGAGGAGCUGAGUCUCUGCUGCGAUGCGGCGCAGAUUGAGACCAUGGAGGCUGGGUUGUCCCAAGCCGAUGGAGUCUUCUCGCGCUGCCCCACUUGCACCAGAAACAUGGCCCAGACCGUGUGCGCCAUGACCUGUGCCAAGAAUCACACGCUCUUCCUCACCGGCUACAAUGCCAAGAAUCCCAGCGGAGUGGACUAUGUGGAGUACAUUGACUAUAGGAUCAAGGACGAGACGGUGUCGCGAAUCUACGACAGUUGCGAUGGCAUACAGCACACGCAAACCGGUCGACCGGCCAUGGAUCUCGGUUGCGGUGGCUACAAUGCCAAGACCUGCAACUAUCGGCGAUGGUACGAGUUCAUGGGCGAUGUCACCGGUGACUAUGUCCCCUUCCAGAUCAACUACCGGUGGUCGGAGGACGCCGAGGAGGGUUCCGAGGAGAUAUAUCUCGAGAUCGAUGUGCUGAAGUGCGGCGAGAGCUACGAGGAUAGUUAUGCGUGUGCCUGCAUCGAUUGCGAGGAGUCCUGCCCGCAGACGGAGGCGCCGACGGGUCCCGAGGAGCUCUGGAAGAUCGCCGGCCUGUAUGGGGUGACCUUCAUCUUGGCCCUGGUCAUCGCCAUCGUGAUUUCGGCCUUUAUUUUCUGGGGCGCUUUCAGGGGUGGCAUUGCAACGAGCUUUAUCUGCAUGCCCACCCUGUUCGGGGAAUUCUUCUAUUAUGGUUUUCGAGCCUGGGGCACCUUCUGUGCCAAACACCCCGUCCUCGUGCUCGCCCUCUGCUCCUGGGCCAUCGCGGGGCUGAGCUACGGCAUCCGGUACAUGACCAUCACCACGGAUCCCGUGGAGCUGUGGGCCGGCGAGGAGAGCCAGACGAGGAUCGAGAAGGACUACUUCGACCAGCACUUCGGCCCGUUCUAUCGCACCAAUCAGAUGUUCAUCAAGGCCAUCGAUCAGACAUAUUUCACUCACGAUGCUCCCAGUGGCCUGCUGAACUUUGGUCCUGCCUUCGAGUACAACUUCCUGAAGGAAGUCUUCGAGCUGCAGGAGGCCAUCAUGAAACUGGGCCUGGAGGAUAACGAGGGCCUCGACAAGAUCUGCUAUGCCCCCGUCUCGAUGGCCGGCGCAACGGUGACAGUCGACCACUGCGUCAUUCAGUCGAUCUACGGUUACUUCCAACACGAUAUGGAUCGUUUUGAGAAUUCCUAUAUCGACAGCAAUAACUAUACGAUCAACUAUCUCAAUCAAUUGGAAGAUUGUCUUCGGGUUCCCAUGAUGGAGGACUGCUUUGGCACUUAUGGUGGACCCAUCGAACCGGGCAUCGCGGUGGGCGGCAUGCCCAAGGUCGCCGUGGGCGAGGAUCCCGACUACAUGCUGGCCACCGGUCUGGUGAUCACCUUCCUGGGUCGCAACCAAAACGACGAGACCAAGCUGGAACCGAAUCUCAAGUGGGAGAAGCUGUUCGUCGACUUUUUGCGCGACUACAAGAGCGAUCGACUGGACAUAGCCUACAUGGCCGAAAGGUCCAUCCAGGAUGCCAUUGUCGAGUUGUCCGAGGGCGAGGUGGGCACCGUGGUCAUCAGCUAUGUGGUGAUGUUCGUCUACGUGGCCAUUGCCCUGGGUCACAUUCGCAGCUGUCGCGGUUUCCUCCGCGAGUCUCGCAUAAUGCUCGCCAUCGGGGGCAUCGUCAUCGUUUUGGCCUCGGUCACCUGCAGUCUGGGCUUCUGGGGCUACCUGGAUGUGACGACCACCAUGCUGGCCAUCGAAGUGAUACCGUUUCUGGUGCUCGCCGUGGGCGUCGAUAAUAUCUUCAUAAUGGUGCAUACCUAUCAGAGACUGGAUCACUCGAAGUUUGAGACCACCCACGAGGCGAUCGGAGAGGCCAUCGGCCAGGUGGGCCCUUCGAUCCUCCAGACGGCGGGCAGUGAGAUGGCCUGCUUUGCCAUCGGCUGCAUAUCGGAUAUGCCGGCUGUGAAAACCUUUGCCAUGUAUGCCGCCAUCGCCAUCCUCCUGGACUUUCUGCUCCAGAUCACAGCCUUUGUCGCCCUGAUGGCCAUUGACGAGAGGCGUUAUUUGGAUGGGAGACUGGAUAUGCUGUGCUGUGUGAGGAGCGGUGGCAAGAGGAGCAUCAAAAAUGAUGAGGAGAACGAGGGCGGGGAUAGCAGACCCAAGGAGGUCGGCAUGCUGGAGACCAUGUUCAAGAACUUCUAUUCACCCUUCCUGUUGUCCAAACCCGUAAAAGUGUCCGUGCUGCUGAUCUUCACCGUCAUCACAUGCCUUUCGCUGAUGGUGACGCCCUCCAUUGAGAAGGGCCUCGAUCAGGAGAUGUCCAUGCCGAAAAACUCGCAUGUGGUGAAGUACUUCCGCUACAUGGUCGACCUGCUGGCAAUGGGAGCUCCGGUUUACUGGGUUCUCAAGCCCGGACUCAACUACUCGGAGCCGCUGCAGCAGAAUCUCAUCUGUGGCGGAGUCGAAUGCAACAAUAACUCACUGUCCGUCCAGCUCUACACACAGUCUCGUUAUCCGGAAAUCACGGCAUUGGCCCGGCCAGCCUCCUCCUGGCUGGACGACUAUAUCGAUUGGCUGGCCAUCAGCGAUUGCUGCAAGUACAACGUCACCACCGGCGGAUUUUGUUCCAGCAACUCGAAGAGCGAGGAUUGCCUGCCCUGUGAACGUGGGUUUACGGAGAAUGGCCUGAGACCUGAUGCCGAGACCUUCAACAAGUACAUACCGUUCUUCCUCUUCGAUCUGCCAGAUGCGGAGUGCGCCAAGGCUGGAAGAGCCUCCUAUGCUGAUGCCGUUAUCUACACCAUCGACGAUGAGGGAAUGUCCACUGUACAGGACACCUACUUUAUGCAGUACUCCACCACAUCGACCACCUCGGAAGAAUUCUACUCGCAGCUGCGGGAAGUGCGAAGAAUUGCGGGCGAGAUCAAUGCGAUGUUCGAGGAGAACGGUGUGGAUGCGGAGAUAUUCGCGUACUGUGUGUUCUACAUUUAUUACGAACAAUACUUGACGAUCUGGGGCGAUGCGAUGUUCUCGCUGGGCAUGUCCUUGCUGGCCAUUUUCCUGGUCACCCUACUGAUCACCGGCCUGGACAUCACCUCCACGUUCAUCGUGCUCUUCAUGGUCAUCUGCAUACUCAUCAAUAUGCUGGGCAUGAUGUGGGCGUGGAGCAUUAAUCUGAACGCCAUUUCCCUGGUUAAUCUGGUGGUUUGCGUGGGCAUUGGCGUGGAGUUCGUGGCCCACAUUGUGAGGUCCUUCAAGCGGGCGGAGGGUUCGGCCCAGGAGCGGGCUCUUCACUCCCUCAAUGUCACAGGAAGCAGUGUUCUUUCGGGCAUAACACUAACCAAAUUUGCCGGCAUCGUUGUGUUGGGCUUCUCCAAUUCGCAGAUCUUCCAGGUCUUCUACUUCCGCAUGUAUCUGGGCAUUGUCCUUAUCGGAGCGGCUCACGGCCUGAUCCUCCUGCCCGUUCUGCUCAGUCUCCUCGGACCGCCAAACAAAUUGGGCAGGAGCUCGAGUGCCGAGCCCAUCACACCCACCGCCAACUGAUCGGGAUUAUUUUUACCAUAUAUAUCCCUAAAUUUAUCUUUAUAAAUAUCUACCAUAUCUUUAGCCUGCUAAGUGUGCCUGAACUUUUUGUGUGUGCCUGGAAUCGUGUGUAUGCCUGAUCUGAUUUUUGCCAUUAGCGACGAGCCCAAAAAUGUCCAAAUGGCCGAACAAAAUUGAUAGAGACAAUUAAAUCUUUAAUAAAAUAAUUUAUGUAAGCCUAAACUAAACUCAUUUCUAAAUUAAAGAUAAUUUUUAUCCUUCCAACUCUUCCA